AUGAGUUCGCCGGGCGCCGAGGGCGCGGGGAAGAGCCUGCAGUACCGCGUGGACCACCUGCUGAGCGCCGUGGAGAGCGAGCUGCAGGCGGGCAGCGAGAAGGGCGACCCCACGGAGCGCGAGCUGCGCGUGGGCCUGGAGGAGAGCGAGCUGUGGCUGCGCUUCAAGGAGCUCACGAACGAGAUGAUCGUGACCAAGAACGGCAGGAGAAUGUUCCCGGUGCUGAAGGUGAACGUGUCCGGCCUGGACCCCAACGCCAUGUACUCCUUCCUGCUGGACUUCGUGGCGGCUGACAGCCACCGCUGGAAGUACGUGAAUGGGGAGUGGGUGCCGGGUGGCAAGCCUGAGCCGCAGGCGCCCAGCUGCGUUUACAUCCACCCUGACUCGCCCAACUUCGGGGCCCACUGGAUGAAGGCGCCCGUCUCCUUCAGCAAAGUCAAGCUCACCAACAAGCUCAACGGAGGGGGCCAGAUCAUGCUGAACUCCCUGCACAAGUAUGAGCCUCGUAUUCACAUAGUGAGAGUCGGGGGGCCCCAGCGCAUGGUCACCAGCCGCUGCUUUCCCGAGACCCAGUUCAUCGCUGUGACGGCUUACCAGAACGAGGAGAUCACAGCUCUUAAAAUUAAGUACAAUCCAUUUGCCAAAGCUUUUCUCGAUGCAAAGGAAAGAAGUGACCCCAAAGACAUGAUGGAGGAGGCCGGAGACAGCCAGCAGCCCGGGUGCUCCCAAUCAGGGGGGUGGCUCAUUCCGGGCACCAGCGCCCUCUGUCCGCCUGCCAGCCCCCACCCUCAGUUGGGAGCCCCCCUGCCGCUCCCCUCCACACACGGCUGUGAGAGGUACCCGGGCCUGAGGAGCCACCGGCCAUCGCCCUACCCCAGCCCUUACGCUCACCGGAGCAGCUCUCCACCCUAUUCCGACAGCUCGUCCGCAUGCCUGUCCAUGCUGCAGACCCAUGACAACUGGUCCAACCUCAGCAUGCCUGCCCACAGCAGCGUCCUCCCCGUGAGCCACACCGCCAGCCCACCUGCUGGCUCUAGUCAGUACGCCAGCCUGUGGUCUGUGAGCAACGGCAGCAUCGCCCCCGGGUCUCAGGCUGCAGGCAUGUCCAACGGGCUGGGGGCACAGUUCUUCCGAGGCUCCCCUGGGCACUACGCACCCCUGACGCACACGGUCGCCGCCUCCUCCUCUGGGUCCCCGCUGUAUGAAGGGGCGGCCACGGUCACAGACAUCUCCGACAGCCAGUACGACGCCUCAGCCCGGGGCCGCCUUCCGGCCUCAUGGACCCCUGUGUCCCCACCCUCCAUGUGAG